AUGGCCAAACGUCCACGUGAUGCUGAUUCUCAUCAAUUUUAUUCAUCCAGUGGCAAUCACUAUAACUCGAAUUCGCCUGCUCAACCGCCCGAGCCUUCCAACGACAUCUAUCAAUCAGUCGCGUCACUCAGUGAUCGUCUUUCUUCCAUUGAAGCUCUUCUUGCUCAAUUACUUGGCUCUCCGAACUCAUCCUCGAUGGCCCAUCCUCACGCAAAUCGUCAGUACAACCGUUCCGGCGCCUCAUCUCGAUUUGACGACUCGGUUCGAAACAUCCUCGAUACUGUCCCUGGGUAUCACGAAGCCUCUCGCGACAUCCUCAUCGCCAGAACUGCUUCUCAGAUGGCUGCAAAAAGCUGCUACUCUGUCAUCGAGCGCGUGCCGGAUUCUCACAAUCAUAACCAGGACGAUUUCGACAGGCAGUUCGUAAACGAUAUAACUCGAACACUCAACCUACCCGACGCGAUCUCGGUCUUCCGUCACGACUGUCAAAAUCACUGCCGUCCCUUGAAAGUCUCCUUUCCUACCUCCAAAGACAGAGAUCGUUUCAUUGAGGGCUUCUACAGUGCAUUUUUUGCCUCCUCACACCCAUCUUCUCCGCUCUUUUCGGGUCAACCUAAUCCCAGAAUUAGAAGAGACAUGACACAAAUGGAGCUGAAUCUUUUAUACUCUCUCCGUCGUACAGCCUACGAAAAUAACGCGGCAAUCGGUCUUCAUAAAUACGUCGUCAGGGAUCUCACUAUCAUCGAGUUGAAGAAUCCCAAGCCUUUCCAAGGUCACCCUAAACAAACACUAACACCUAUGACCUCGCCCUUGGCAAAGAGGCCUCGACACACCAACAUCAACAUCAGUCCAGCGCCGACACAUAUGCAGAUCGAUAGCAAUAUCUCUGCCGAUACACUCCACUCGAAUGUCUCAGCUCCGGCCGCACCUCGCGGUCGUGUUCGUGGUCGCGGUCGUGGUCGUGGUCGUGGUCGCCCUCGUGGUCCUCGUCUCUUCUCGUCUGUUCUUCGUCCAAACAGAAUCGGUCAACAACCGAACAUCCAAUCUGUUCCACAGCCGUCAAACACCAGCCGCCCACGCCGAACUACUCAAUCUGGUCAACAGCCAGCCGCAGUACAGUCUGGUCGACAGCCAGCGCGAGCCCCGUCUGGUCAACAGCCAGCUUCAGUACAGUCUGGUCGACAGCCAGCGACAGCUCAGUCUGGUCAACAGCCAGUGUCAGCUGCGGGUCAACAGCCCAAUGGCAUUCGCGGCCAACAGCCAUCUCAAGCUGGUCAACAGCCAGCCGCUGGUCAACAGCCAGUUCCCGUCCUUCCUGCCGUUGCUGUCGUCGUUGAUAACCUGUUUCCGCCUAGGUCGUUUGCCCUCGCCAAUUGCCUCUCAAUUCUACUUCCUCUUCCUUCUCCGUGUGUGAGUCCUCAAACUUUAUUAAAUGUAUUCUAAUUAACUGUAGGUCACUGGUUUCCAAUACUAAAUUUCUCAAUUUAUUAGAUUAUCUCACUGCCAAUCAAAUUGACCUCUGUUUUUGCACGGAAACCUUUUUCAACGAAGUUCACCUAGACUCAUUUUCUAACUAACAACUCUUACAAUUUCUUUCGAGCGGACUGUCGCAAUGACCACCGACGAACUGGCGGCGGCGGGGUUCUCCUGAUGUACCGGAAAUCCAUGCUGGUUAGCGAGGUGGACUGCGGCACCGAGGUUGGUCACUGCAGACACUUUUGUGAGUUACUGGCUUUUGACCUCCUUACUAACGUCAAUAGUUCCUCCGCCUCUACUAAAAAUUAGAUUUUUUUAUUAACCUACAGACCACCCUGACUGCAAUAUUGCAGAGACCCAAAACCUUGUUGACACUUUGAGUAGAAACUUAGCUUUUUUUCUAACAAUGUCGUACUAGGCGACAUUAAUGCUCCUCAUAUUAACUGGGAUCUUGACAUAUCCACCUCAACUCAUCCUUUAAUCAACUUCUGCACGCAAAAAUCUCGCUCAAUCAAAUCAUCAACUUCCCAACCAGGUUAUCUUCCAACGGCAACCCAUCAUUACUCGACUUAAUCUUCACUGACCGCCCUGACUUAUUUUUUUUGAUCUUUGUUCCAAAAAAAUCCUCCCUAUCUACACAGACCAUUUAGCCAUUUUCUUCAAAAUCAAUUGUUCCGCACGCAAAAAAAACGGUAGACCUUUUCGUCUUGACUACCGUCGAUGCAACUUUGCACGUCUCAACCUAAGUAUGAUCAAUUACAAUUGGGAUAGACAGUUUUCAUAUUUUUCUAGCAUCGACUCCAAAUUUAAUCAUUUCAACAAAAUUUUCAACGAACUCAUACGGGACAACUGCCCAGUUCUCAAACCACGCAAUCAUCGCGGUUCCAACUUUUUACGCAACUUCUCUUCCAAAAUUCUCAAGCGUCUUAAACGCUUCAAUCUGCGCACCUCCUUCGGUCGCGUAAAUUUCAAAAUCAGUACCUCUAAAUUUCGUCGUAAAACUCUACGUUGGUUCAUUAAUCAUGAAAGAAAAAUUGCCGCUGGCUCAAAUGCCAGUAUUUCCAAGUACAUUAGUUCUAGGUUAAAAACUUCGUCAUGAUAUUCCACCCCUUUAUCUCCAAUGGCAGGUCUUUCAUUCUACCAUCCGAAAAAAAGCUAAUUUAUUUGUGGACACUUUCUCCAAAAAAAUCGUAAUUUGCAUAGUUAUGAUACACCCACUCUCUUUCCAAGUAGGAAACCUUUGACUGUUGAACCUGAUUUCAGCCCUUACGCCAUCUUCAAAGCCUUAGGCAAAUGCCCAUCAAAAAAAUUGGCUUUUUCGACUGACUUUAUCAACUUUUUUUGUUCUCAAGAAUUGUCGUGAUUCGUUAGCUAUUCCACUCUCACUCCUAUUUAACGAAUCUUAUUGCACGGGCUCUAUCCCCAAAACUUGGUCCACUUCUCAUAUAGUCCCUAUCUUCAAAAAAGGCGAUAAAAGCGAUCCUAAUAACUACCGACCUAUCGGAUUGACGUCUCACAUUGCUCGUUUAAUGGAAAAAAUAAUAGCUAUCUCUAUUAGAUCUAAAUUCAAAAACACUUUUUCUAAUUCUCAAUUCGGCUUUUUAAAUCAUCGUUCUUGUAAACUAGCUCUUCUCGAUUGCAUCACUCACUGGAAGAGAUCCCUAGCUCUUGGUAAUAACGUAGACGUAGUAUAUAUUGAUUUUUCUCAAAGCCUUCGACAUGCUCCCCCAUAACCUUCUGCUCGCCAAGCUCCAAGAUUUCGGUUUCGACCAAAAAAACUUAUUAGCUGGUUUGCAUCCUUCAUAUCCAACAGAAAAAUCAUUUGUCAUUAGUGAAGGUAUCAUAUCUAGCUCGGCUUUUAACAUUACAUCUGGAGUUUUGCAAGGAACAGUCUGCGGCCCACUCUUAUUUAUAAUAUUCAUUAAUGACAUUAUCAGCAACUUAUCUGAUAAAUGUAAAGGCUUAUCUUUUUGCUGAUGAUCUUAAAAUUUUUUUUCUGACGAUCCUAUAGCGCUUCAGCAAGGUCUCAACGACGUUUUCCAAUGGUCUAGUCAAUGGGGUCUUCCCCUGGCCGAACACAAAAACCACCCUUCUCCAUCUAGGCCGUAGCAACCCUCAUGUUCUGUAUACUAUAAAUAAUAUAACUAUCUCUUCCGCGGAAGCUGUUCGCGAUCUAGGCAUUCUUAUUGAUAACAAACUAACAUUUGAGCCUCACCUUCGCAAAGUUAUAGCCUUAUGCAAACUAAAAAGUAAACAAAUCAUCAGAGCGUUCCGCGCCCUGUCUCCCGCUCUAAUGAGCCGGAUUUUUUUCUUACUUACGUUGCUCCCUAUAUGGACUACUGUUGUGAGUUGUUCAGUCCCCCCUAGCUUCAGAACUAUCUUACACCCUCGAAAAACAUCUUCCGUCAAUUUACUCGCCAAACAUUCAUGAGAUCAAACAUUAGGUUUUCUAGUUAUGAAGACAGGUUAGCUCAGAUUAACACAAACUCUCUUUUUAGAAGACGAGUCGAAUUUUGUCUAAGAACACUACAUAAAAUUUAUAUUAAGGAGAGUCAUUUGCCAGUUGCUCACAGUGUUUUCAGGAGAUCGAAUUCGGUACGUGCUCCAUCACGUCUUAUCAGAGUAGGGAUUCGUUUCGAAAAAUUUCUUUGAGACGUUCAUCCCUCUUUGGAAUAAACUGGCUACAUUGGGAAACCUCAAUGUUUCUCCAGAACGUUUCAGGUCUUUGUUACUAUCCCUCGAUAACAAUUUCCUUUUUUUGGAUCUAUUCCCAGCAGACUCCGUUGAACCAGGCACCCGUGCUUCAGCCCUACUCUAAUCCAUCUUAUGCGCGUCUAUAUCAUUACAAACGAUUAAAUUCCCCACUCACCUGUGCUACACUGUGUCAUAACUUAUACUUUCUUUUCUAUUUACUUUUUUUACCUUUGUGAAAUCCUCACCUCUUAUUCUUUCAUUACUGGCUCAGAGGCUCGUGAGGGCCUCAAGUGCCUUUUUAUUUAUUUAUUUCAGGCUUAAUGCCAAAUUUUUUUCUCUUUUUUUUCUGUACAUAUUAUUUUGUUCUGCCUGUAAAUAAAUAAUAUUAUAUAUAUAACAGAUGCGAAACAUCUGUCUUCUCCUGAACUUUUCUCCUUUUUUUAUACUUUUUUUGGUUUCGAAACGCAUCUGUCUCCUUUUACAUCUCCGAAAAGGAAAAAAAUUGCAAGAUUAGACAAAUCCUUUUGUAUAGAGGAUUUCAAUGGUUUCAAAGAUCAAUUACCUCAAUUUUUUAAGUUCGAUGAAAAGAUUUACAAAUAUUUAGUAGAAAAACCAACUUUUCUAAACCUUUCUAGAUUCAUUUUCCAGCUUGCAAGUCACCCAACCAAGAAGAAAAAAUCGCACCGUUCCGUUAAUUAAUUUGAUAAGAAAGUUGAGUGUGUGUGAUAAUUAGUCUCGUUUUUUUGCAGCCUGCUGUAAGAUCAUCCAACACCGGAUACGGCACUCCCUCGGCUUGUCGACCAAUCGAACGCCAACUCCCACGCAUCAAGACAAAAAAGACUAUCAGGUGGGGUGUUUACUUGAUUUUUUCAGGUUAGGAUGAGGGAAAUCAGAGUAAGAGAGGCUUAGGAAACAAAAAUAUUUCAGGAAUGCUCUGGUGAAAAAAGAAAGAAAAAAAAGUGCUAAAGUUUUUGGAUUUUUUGAGCUCUAGAAGCAAAAAUCGCAGAAGAUUUUUUCAAUGGAGGUGAUGAAAAAUAAUGGUUUUACCUAGUUUUUCAGAUUAGGCUCAUGAGAAUAGAGUUAGAAACAGUUUAAAAGUUUUCAAAGACUUGUUAAUCCAUCAAUUUUUGGUAAAAAUGCUCAAAAAUAGAAACUUAUGCGUUUCAAGAUAGAAAAACCUGUCAGGUAGGGUUAUUCCCUUAGAAAAAGUAGGAAUUUUCAGUUUAUUAAAAGAAAAAUUAUUUAUUUUAUAAGGAAUGUUUUAAAAUUGGAAUUUUACCUGGUCUUUGAGUGUAAUCAGUAAAAAUUGGGUCUGGAAGACCUGGGACAAAUUGGGACUUUGUAAAGCUAAAAAUAGAUGUAGAAUUUUUAAGAAGAAGCCUCUAACAAGGGAAAAAAUUGUUUCAUCAAUUUUUGAAGUUAGAUCGAGGAAAAUCGAGUUUUUAAAAAAGAAGUCAUGAUAGAGGCUUUGAAAAACGAAUUCUCAAUUUCCCGAAGUUUGAAAAAAGAUGAUAGAACCAUCCAGCAGCGCUACGAACUUCAGAAAUGAACUUUAGAAGAUCUGCUAGACGUUUCACGCUCUUUAUCUUAAUCAUCCAAUCGAAAUCCCUACAUUCAGGACACUCGGUACAUGUCGACGGCAGUGUUCGCGGCGCCGACGGGCCCAGGUGCCGGCAAGUCCUACGGGCAGUCGAGAGGCGGACCCUCCUCCAUGUCCCACGUGCUCAUCGACGGACCCUACCAGCAGACGCCGCACGCCGCCUCCAGAAGAUCCGUCGUUCAUCAUCGCGAUCCUCACACCCUCAACAGUGAGUUUCCUGUAGGGUCACUGUAGUUUUGGCUUUCUAGAAUGGCUUGGAAGGGUGUCAUGUUCUCAUAUUUUUAUUAGGUGGUUUAUGAAGGGUUAUUGUAGUUUUGGAGGUUACUGUAGGACGAGAGAAAUCCGAUAAAGUUUUAUAAAUUGGUAAUGUCUUUGGAAUGAUUGACAGUGAGUUUCCUGUGGGGUUACUGUAGUUUUGGCUUUCUAGAAUGGCUUACAAAUGAGGUUUAUGCCUUUCAAAAGAUCCUCAAACUCUUAUUAGCCAGUACUGUAAAGGAUAGUGUAGUAUCGAAGGUCACUGUAGGUAGGAAGAAGUUCUGGAAAGACUCAGAAAUAGGCCUGAUCCUUGAUAGGAUCCUCAAUCGCUCAAUACUGGGUUUUCUGUAGGGUUACUGUAGUUUUGAGUAGGUUGGUAUGGUUUUUAAAGCUCGUGCUCUUCAAAAGAAUUUUCAGUUGCUCUGGUUCCGACACUCUAGAAUGGCUGGAAAAUUUGUUAGUGAGUCCGUGAAUAGGUACUGUAGUUUUGGAGAUUACUGUAAGGAAAUGGCAGUUUUAAUAAGUCUCGAAAAUUGGCCAUCUCCUUGAAAAGGUCCUCACACUAUAAAUGAUUUGUAAGUUUACUGUAGUUUUGGAGGUUACUGUAAGGGUUAGGAAAGUCUUAGAGAAUGGUCAUGUCUUUGAAAAGAUCCUCAGAGUCCUAGAGAGUUUUCGGAGUGAUAAAUUCUUUACAAUACUAAAAUUUUUUAGUGGCCACUAUAGGGUUUCGACGUUUUAGUGGCCACUAUAGUAGUCAAAUUAGUGCCCACUUUAGGAGUUAAAAAAAUUAGUGGCCACUAUAGAGAUCUAAGUGCUACUACUAGGCCAUUAAAUUUUUUAUUUUCUCAUAUAAGAGCUCCACAGAAAUUGAAAUAUGAAUAUUCGAAGUCAAUUUUGAACUUUUCUUCUUGAAUUUUCAACCGAACUCGAGAGGAAACACGCGUCAAAUUUGCAUGGGUCGAUGUGUGCCCAAACAUAUAUUCCAAAUAUAAAUAUUCUUUGAUGGAUCUCUUCUGCUCACACACACACAGCGACACACGCAAACAAGGCUUACGUUCACCACGUAAGGUCCCUCCGAAAAUUCUGAGCAAAUAAAAGAGGGCGAACAUGUGUAAAGUCGGCCCUUUUUAUAUAGUUUUGUGAGCCUGAGCCUGCUUCAUGAUCGAUUGGAAAGAUGGUUACUAGAAAACUUUUUUUCUGAUUUUUACUAAUCUACAGUGUCUCAGAAGAUGAAGAAACAAAGAAAACUCAGAAAACUUGCGAAAAAGCUCAAAAUUCCCGUUAAAACGCGCUCCAUGGAUAAAAUGAGUUUUUGAAGCGAUUUUUUGAUUCAAGUCUGCUCCAUGGAUAAAGUUGGUCUGAGGGUCUUUUUUUUACUCUUUUUUGUGUUCUCUGAUGAUAAGAUUUGGUUUCCCAGCACCUUCGUUUUUUGGAUUAUGAACGUAAUUCGAAAAAUUUUCUUUAGACUCGAUUGCGCUCCAUGGAUAAACUAGUUUUUGAAGCAUUUUUUUUGUUGAAAGUUUGCUCCAUGAUUAAAAGUUUUUGAGCCGUUCAUCUGCUCAAAGUUUGCUCCAUGGCUAAAAUUUUUUUGAAGACUUUUUCGAAUUUUUUUUUUCUUCUGAUGCUCCUUCACCUCUUCUAAACAAAUUUUGCAAUUAUUUUUCUUUAGAGAGAUAUUUUUGAGUAUUUUAAUGCUUAAGGAGUUAUAAAGACCUUCUCAAAAGGGUCACAACCUUUUCUAACUUUUUGCAAUUUACAGACGGCCGAGGCGGCAGCGAAAGAUCAAUGUCGGCGAUGCUGGGCACGCCGAUGCCCUACGGCGGCGAGAGAGGCGGGAUGUACCGUGGCGGAGGCGCCAUCUCUCCGUCGUCCAGCCAAAAGUCGGUACACUCGAUCAGUAAUGGUGAGUUUGAAGAAAGACCUGAAUCGGUCAUUCUAGGGCGAAGUUUGGGGUUUUAUCUCAAGGUCUAUUGAAAUAUUCUUCCUGGAGUUUCUUCACGCUUAAUUCAAAGUUUUAAAAAGCGAUAACCAAAAUUCUGCUUAAGUGGUCACUACGAGGCCCUCAGAGAUUGUUUGAGCAAUUUUUCCGAAAGUUCCAAGCUUCCCCCCGAAGACCUUUCUUCACAAACUAGAGAAUACAGUUAAAUUUCAAUUUCCAGGAGUCCAUUCCCGUUCCUCGGCUGCCCUUCUUGACUCUGACGGCGGCAUGACCUACUCGAUCGACUCGAUCGCGUCGACGAACGCCGGAAACCUCGGCGCCAACGCCGUCUCAGCCUCGACCUCACACCUGCCGACGCCCUCAUCCACUCCCAACACUCAGCGGAAAAACAGAAGGAUCUCGAAUAUCUUUGUGAGGAUUUAGUUUGGUCUAGGAAGUUCUAUCCUUUAAGAAGAAGAGUAGGAAAAGGACCGGGUUCAGAUUUUUUCCCUUGGAAGCUACUUAUGAGGUCAUUUUUAUAUCUCCCAAAAGUAUGUGGACAAUUUGGGAAAGCAUAAAGAAACAGGAAGGUUUGCGCCGGAGCGUCUUUUUUAGGGCGUGUUUUUUGAAAUUGAGUUUUUGACUUUUCUUUUAAAAUUCAAGCUCUUCAUGAGAAUAAUUUCAACUAUCUAAAGUUUGAAAAAGAAACGGUAAUAAUCUGAGAAGGACCACAAAGCAGUUGUGCGCCAGAGCGUCUUUUUCUGGGGCGUGUUUUUGAAAUUGAAUUUUCUGAUUUUUUCCAAACUUGAAAUUGAAGCUCUUUAUAAGAAUGAUUUUAAUUCUCGGAAGUUUUAAAAAAUUGGUAAUAAUCCGAGAAGUACCACAAAGCAAUUGUGCGCCAGUGCGUCUUUUUCAAGGCGUGUUUAAGUCAAAGGACUUUUUGAGGGAUUUAGGGAUUUCUUAGAAAUGAAAAGCGCAGAGAAAUCAGGCAUUUUCCGAGACAUUAGAGUUAAAACGCGAAAAAAAGGUAAUUUUGACAAGUUCAUUUUUCCAGCAACGACCGAAAGAUCACCACGAUGAGAAGACCAAGGCGAUCGAGGCCCUGAAUUUGGGAGUCGGCCGGGCGAUUCCUGUCAAACAGGGACAAUUGUACAAGAAGAGCACGAAAUCGGCCUUGAAUCGGUUGGUUUUGAAGGGAAUUUCAAGAAGAUUGCUCUAUCGUGGAUUAAAAUAUUCUUCGAGCGAUUUUUUCGUUGAAAGUUUGCUCCAGUGAUAAAAUCAAUUUUUGAAGUUUUUCUUUGAUGUUCGUUCUCUGAUGAUUUUCCUUUGAAGCUUUUUUUUUCAAAUAUACGUCGUGAAAACUUUAGCUCUAUUCUAUUGAAAUUCAUAAAAGCUGUUUUCUCGAGUCGUUUCUGCUCCAUUGAUAAAAAUUUAUCUUUUUCCAGAGAAUGGAAGAAAAAGUACGUAUGUUUGUACAACGACGGCCGGCUGACGUACCAUCAGAACCUCAAAGACUACAUGGACAAGAGCACGCAUGGAAAGGAGGUAAAGGGAUCACUUAAGGAGGGAUGAGUAGAAGUGACCUCUUUAGGGUCUUUUUACGAUUUUCAGUAUAAUCCAAGCUUCUUUAAUCUUUCAUAGCACUUUAUCAAAGCUUAUUCUUCCUGAAUUUGCUUGAAGAGCUCUCGAAAUUCCUCAGAAGGUCUCAAAGACCCCAUGGGAAAUGGCUCUAGGUAUCACUUAGGAAAGGAAUACUAGGAGUGGCUUCUUUAAUGGAUUUUUGAAGAUCUUAGGCUUUUUCAAGUGUCUCUAAAUGUUCGCAGGGAUUCAUUGAAAAUGUCCUGGAGUAGCUCACAAAGAUUGAUCUGGAUCCAUUCGAUCAGCAUGUGAACUUCAAAUCGUUUUUUCAGGUCUUUCUCGGCCUCGCCACCGUCAAGGUUGCUGGACGACAAAGGCCGCGGAACACCCAGAGGGCCAGCGCCGUCGUCACUGGGAAUCCGGCCGACGCCGGCAGCAGCGGUACUCCAACUCUGCAGAGCUACGAGUCGAGGCGAAGUGAUGCUGGUGAGUUUUCUGGAGUAGGUCCUGAGCAAGAGCUUCAAGCUUGGCAGAACUUGAGGAGUAGGUCUGAAAUAGGAAUUUUGACUUGAAGAUUGAUUGGAAUAGGUCUGAAAGAAACCUUUUUACUUCGAAGAAGUGGAUCCAAAAAAACGUUUUAUUUAGAAAAUUUAUUGGAAUAGUUGAUAGAUAGUUAUGAGUAAGUCCAGGAGGAAUUUCUAGACUUGCAAGAAAGUUAGGAGUAGAUCUAGGUUAUUUUGAAACCUAGUGAAAUUGCUGAGGCUUUAGAGAACCUCUGCCCUUUAGGGCCGAGCUAGGAAAUCGGAUUGGUCUUGUAGAUAUUGAGAAUAGUCCUUCAAAUUUCAACAAGAAAACGAUUCCAGGAAUGCACAACUCGGGCGAAGGCACUUCUGGCGGCGGUAGCGACGACGCCAAGGACUUCACUCCGCCGGCGAUGCCUCAGACGGUCGCCGGAAUCAAUCCGAAGAAGAAACGAGGCGGCGCCAGCGCCCAUCGACGCCUUGGCUCCAGUGGGAAGCACACCGACGAGGACGACGAGUGCUUCGAGGUACGUCACGUCUUCAUUUUCAGGCCGCAGUGCCCUUUUCGCGACUUUUUGUAGAACAGGAAGCGUGAUGAAUAUAAAUAUACGUUAAUAGAAACAAAUGGAAGAAUGAGAUCGAGUCAAUUCAAAAGAUAUUCCGAAAGGAAAAGGAACCAGCGAAAUAAGAUACAGUAAGACAGUAGUUCGGUAGAGCAACUUAGAUCCAAUAUGCAUAGAUUUUUUAGAUCGAAGUCAUCUGAUGUCGUCAGAAACGAACAUUUUUCAAGUUCUGAACGGCAAAAUUGACUUAUUUGAAAUCAAAAUUCUGAAAAUUAAACACCCCAACUAUCUUGAAACAAGCUUUCGAAUAUUGAACCUAGAAAUAAGCUUUUCUUAACAAACAUUUUCCUAUCCAAGCUUUCAAAUACUGAACUUCAAUCUGAACUUUCUUAAUCCAAGUUUUUGAAUACUGAAAGAAGAAACAUUGAACGAGCGCGUUGAAAGGUUGAUUUUGACAAAAAGAUAAGAUUUCUUUAAAGAUCGUCACUCACACCCAACAACGUUGGGAGUUCUGCGCGGCGUCGACCGAAGAACGAGACGAAUGGGUGGCGGCGAUCGAGGAGCAGAUCGAGAUCGCCCUCACCAGCCAGAUGACUCAGCCGACGUCUAGAGCCACCGGGAACAAGCAUCAGGUUUUUUUUUUAGCGAAUAUGGGGUGGAGAAAAUAGCCGCGGAUAAAAUAGUUUACAUAAUGAACCUUUUUCAAAAGAUUAAGGCUGACAGUUGGUUGAAUGGCCGUUAAAAAGAUGGGUCAGAGAAAAGUGCUGAUAGGCAGCUUAGAAAGUAGGGAAUCGGAAAAACUUCGAAAACUAGCCAGAUAAAGAAAAAAAAACCCAGGAAGAAAAUGGCCAUUUUAGGUGCAAGCCUUGAAGCAACUACCGGGUAACGACCGCUGUGCCGACUGCGGCCAAACCAACCCCGAUUGGGCCUCUCUGAACCUCGGCACCUUGAUCUGCAUCGAAUGCUCGGGCAUCCAUCGCAACCUCGGAUCUCACAUCUCGCGAGUUCGAUCUCUGGAGCUCGACGACUGGCCCGUCGAGUUCCUCGCAGUGAUGCAGGCCAUCGGAAACGAGGCGGCGAAUCGACUCUGGCAGCACUCUUGCACGACGGAGACGAGGCCGGCGCCGGAUAGUCCGAGGUGAGCACGUUUUGAAGGUUUUGGAGAACUGCUUCUUGAAAACCAGGUGGUGAGGCUUUUUCUAGAAGGGAAGAAGUCUGGAGUUCUUCAGAAUUUGGUAUAGAUUAUUACAUGACUCCGACAAGGUUUAGUGAGGUUUUUUUUUCCGGAGUAGCUACUCGGUUGCCUUAAUGGUUCUAGUUCUACUCAAGGUAAUUCUGGCUAGGCUGCUGGUACUAUAGCUGAUUCACGGCUGGCUUGAGCCAUCGAGAAAAGGGUCCUGCCACGAAAAGAGACGAGACAGUGCCCUGGUUGGUGGAGAGUGCAGACAGGCCACGCCUUUUUGCGUCUCAAGCUAGCCGUGAAUCAACUAUACUUAGUGAGGAGUUGACUGAUUUUCCUAGAUUUUUGAGGCGGUACUGGGUUCUGCUCAAGCUUAGGUAGAUUCCAAACUUUUGAUAAGGUUAUAUAGAAACUUCAAGGUCUUGUCACUAAGUUCUGCUGAACUUCAGAACAUUUUCGAGCUUCCACGAGUUUUUUAAAUUAGAUCCAGGAGAGUUUCAAAUUUCUUAAUCUUCCAGAGAAACCAAAGAAGUACUACUUCACAAAGUUCUGGUUAGGCGAGAUUAGUUUUAAGAGUCAAGAAGGUCUUUUGGAGAUUUUUUAGUAUGACUUUUUUGAGGAAAAUUUGGUUAAGAUCAGGCUUUUUAAGAGCUUGGUAGUGGCGUCUGAAGUGUUUCGGAAGCUUUGAUAGGAAUUUCGAAGUCUCCGGCUGUACUUUUUUUUGAACCUUCUCUGAAAGUUUUCAAGUCAGAUCCAAGGUUGCAAUAGAGGUUAUUUUAAUAAAGCUGGCCUUGACCUACUUCAAAACAUGAAAACCUACCCUUUUUCUUCCAGAGAAACCAAAGAAGCGUGGAUCCGAAGCAAGUACGAAGCGAAGCGGUUCCUACCCUCCCUAAGACCCGAAGAAUCCAUCGGCGGUCAAUUAGUCUCAUCCGUCAUUGCCAGGGACGUCGCGACGACGUCACUUCUUCUGGCACGAUCCUCGGCUGAUGACGUCAACGCCCCGGUCUCUGCGAAGGACCGACGGACGCCCCUGCACCUCGCCUGCAGCAUCGGCAGCUUGGAAAUUGUCCAACUACUUCUCUGGGUCGGUAAAUUGAAUUUUGUGCCUUCCCACAAGGGAAGAUUGAACUAGAGAGCUUGGAAAAGUGAUUUCUUGUAGAACAACGCCGACGUGAGAGCCCUCGACGAACAAGGCCGAUCCUGCCUCUGGUACGCCCAGCACAACGGCUUCAACGACUGCGCCGAGGUCCUUCUCACGGCUGGACUUGCCCCGGAUUACGGUAUCCCGCCGACGACGAGUAACGGCUCUGCCGCUGCCUAUCACUAUCAGCAGCACAUGCCGGAGGUCAGGAAGGUCUUUGAAGUUCAUGGUCGCAUUUGGAAUGGCUCCGAGCGUUGCGGUGUUUGGCUUGAAAUCGAACAAAGUUCAUCUAGAUGAGAAAUUCGAGUUUUUCCAAGAAUUUCCGAUAGUUCAAAGAUUGAUAUCGUUAAAUAUGGUUUUUCGGCAUUUAUUCAAUAGGAAAAUGAGAAAAAACCUGAAAUUGUUAAGUGUUCUGACGCGUUUGGAAUGGCUUGAUCCUUAGCGCUUACUUUAAGCUGCACCUGACCCAAAACGGCUUGCGCAUGAAGCCAUAAGUGUUAAAACAAGGCUGUUGAUCUUAAACGAACCGCGACCUCGACUGAGUCAUUGUGAGAGCGAAAAUCGGGAUCAAUUUCAUGAUUUUCCGAUUCGAUCUAAUCGCUGUUUCAGCUGUUCAACAAAAUAUGUUUAGAUCAAUUUCUUCAAUGUUUGUCAGUCUAGACUGUCAGAAAAAUGUUUUUCCUGUUGCCUGAGAAGGGAAAUUUCAGAAGAAGUGCUUUUGGAUGAUCCUAGAGCAUUUAGUGGUCACUCAAGGGCUUUUUGAUGAUCCCUGACCAUUCAGUGAUCACUUAAGAGCUUUUGGGUGAAUCUUGACCAUUUAGUGACCACUGAAGGGCUUUUGGAUGACCCUCGACCAUUCAGUGAUCACUUAAGGGCUUUUGGGUGAAACUUGACCAUUUAGUGACCACUGAAGGGCUUUUGGAUGACCCUCGACCAUUCAGUGAUCACUUAAGGGCUUUUGGGUGAAUCUUGACCAUUUAGUGACCACUGAAGGGCUUUUGGAUGACCCUCGACCAUUCAGUGAUCACUUAAGGGCUUUUGGGUGAAUCUUGACCAUUUAGUGACCACUGAAGGGCUUUUGGAUGACCCUCCACCAUUCAGUGAUCACUUAAGGGCUUUUGGGUGAAUCUUGACCAUUUAGUGACCACUGAAGGGCUUUUGGAUGACCCUCGACCAUUCAGUGAUCACUUAAGGGCUUUUGGGUGAAUCUUGACCAUUUAGUGACCACUGAAGGGCUUUUGGAUGACCCUAGACCAUUCAGUGAUCACUCAAGGGCUUUUGGAUGAUCCUUGACCAUUUAGGGAUAACUUAAGGUGCUUGAAACCUCUUUAUUGUCCGCUUGAAAGCCAGAAGCUUAUUUUCAAACGUUUCAGGGCAUGAUCAUGGGCUCGAUGUCGUCAAGAGAGUAUGCAACCUACGUGGGUGACGUCGAAACGACGAUGGCCCGAGGAGGAGCUGGCAGACCGAGGCCUCAACCCCCGCCCCACCUCCAAAAACGACAAAAUACCAAUAAUGGCGCUCAGUUCGAAAUGCUCCCCGCGAGCAUCAUUUGA